CAUGACCAUCAUGUCAGAGCAGCCAGCACUCUUCCCUGUCUCGGCGCCACCACCCCAGGAGGGAAAGCAGACGCGGAGCCUCGGGAGUCAGAGGGCAGGUGCUGUCUGAAGUUAAUCAACCAGCAUCAUGAUGAGUGACAUGAGUGAUGACGAGAGCAUUGGGGACACUGUGUCAGCCUUGGGGAGGCUGACACCUGUACUUGCUUUGGCGACGCUGAUAGCUGCCUUUGGGUCAUCCUUCCAGUAUGGGUACAACGUGGCCGCUAUUAACUCCCCUGCCGAGCUCAUGAAAGCAUUUUAUAACGAGACCUACUAUGACAGGAUCGGUGAAUACAUGAGUGAAUUUUCCUUGACCUUGCUGUGGUCAGUUUCUGUGUCCAUGUUUCCCUUCGGAGGCUUCCUCGGCUCCCUCAUGGUCGGCCCCUUGGUGAAUAAAUUAGGCAGGAAAGGAACCUUGCUGUUCAACAACAUCUUUUCUAUCGUGCCCGCGAUCUUAAUGGGAUGCAGUAAGGUUGCCAGGUCAUAUGAGAUGAUAAUUGUGGCCAGAGUUUUGGUGGGAAUCUGUGCAGGUCUGUCUUCCAAUGUCGUCCCUAUGUACUUAGGGGAGCUGGCCCCAAAGAACCUGAGGGGAGCCCUGGGGGUGGUGCCCCAGCUCUUCAUCACCGUCGGCAUCCUCGUGGCCCAGAUCUUUGGUCUUCGGAAUGUCCUCGCAAAUGAAGAAGGCUGGCCCAUCCUCCUCGGGGUGACCGGGAUCCCCGCGGUGCUGCAGCUCCUUUUCCUGCCCUUCUUCCCCGAGAGUCCCAGGUACCUGCUGAUUCAGAAGAAAGACGAAGUAACUGCCAAGAAAGCGCUGAGGAGGCUGCGCGGCUGGGACGACGUGGACGCCGAGACUGAGGAGAUCCGAGAGGAGGACAAGGCCGAGAAGGCGGCGGGCUUCAUCUCCGUGCUGAAGCUGCUCAGAAUGAGGUCCCUGCGGUGGCAGGUCAUCAGCAUCGUCGUCCUCAUGGCCGGCCAGCAGCUCUCGGGGGUGAACGCGAUCUACUACUACGCAGACCAGAUCUACCUGAGCGCUGGGGUGAGAACACAGGAUGUCCAGUAUGUGACGGCGGGCACGGGCGCUGUCAACGUGCUGAUGACCAUCUGCGCCGUUUUCGUGGUGGAGCUCCUGGGCAGGAGAGUCCUGCUGCUCCUGGGCUUCUCCAUCUGCUUCACUGCCUGCUGUGUGUUGACAGCCGCGCUGGCUCUGCAGGACACAAUAUCCUGGAUGCCCUACGUCAGCAUCGCCUGCGUCAUCUGCUAUGUCAUAGGACAUGCCCUUGGGCCCAGUCCCAUCCCUGCGCUUCUCAUCACGGAGAUCUUCCUGCAGUCCUCCCGGCCGUCCGCCUACAUGGUGGGGGGCAGUGUCCACUGGCUCUCCAACUUCACUGUGGGCUUGAUCUUCCCAUUCAUUCAAGUGGGCCUCGGAGCUUACAGCUUCAUCAUUUUUGCCAUGAUAUGUCUUCUCACCACCAUCUACACAUUCCUGAUUGUCCCCGAGACCAAGUCCAAGACCUUUAUAGAAAUCAAUCAGAUCUUCACCAAGAAGAACAAAGUGUCAGAGAUGUACCCAGAAAAGCAGGAGCUAAAGGACUUUCCACCCUCUCUUGCGGGACAGUAACUCUUGAGGAGGAGCCCAGUAAUUGGGUCUGCGUGGAGCUUCCCUCCUGGGCUAUGAAUCCAGAACUAGGAUAAGUCCAGUGUGGAAGGCAGGCCCUGAUGGGACUGUGCAAAGUGCUCCUGUGCAGUUCUUGAAGCCAAGCUGUCUUUUUCCAGAUUGACCCAUCACCAACCCCAAGGCAUGUGGGCAGCAGUCCCUCAACCAUGCUGGGUCAGCCAUUGUGUGGCUCCUGGUAACACCAGCUCUUAUAACAAAAAUCAUUACCAUGGUGUUGAGAUAGAAGGAAUUAAAUGUGACCAAAGAAACUAACUCUUCUCCAAUCCCAUAGUCUUCUGGGGGCCAUGGGCACGUGAUCAGGGUGGAAUCCAUCCUCUUGUCAGAUCCAUACUCUUGAAAAGUAUGGUGUCACAAGUAAUGAUGUCUAGGAAUCUGGGAAACAUGUCCCUAUGGAGACUUUAACCAAGUCAGAGAUUAUUGUUCCCAAAUUAUUAGAGGACAAUAGAAUUGCCUUUGUAUACUCAAUAAAACAGAUAUGAUCACUUUUC